UCAGUGUUCCACUCCACCGUUCCAAUCGUUGAAGUUACCUCUCUCGAUUUAUCGAAUACAAAUCGAAUGGCAGCUUAGCAGUGCCAUCACUAACGCUAAAUAAAAACACAAAAAUAGAAACAUCUUACGAUAUGAAGACGAACUCACCCGCUCUUAAGUACCUGCUGGAGAAGGAUGUGCAGGCGUCCAAGCACUUCGUGAUAGCCGUCUCCAACCUGUCUGUUUUUAAGUCCCUGCGGAUACACAGCCAAAUCCUGGAGAUAUCCUGCCAUGGAGUCGCCUGGUUCGCCUCGUGGAUCGCCUUCAUAUGGCUGGUCAGCUCGAAGAGCCUGUAUCAGAUGCAAGUGAACAUGCUCCUGGGUCUGGUACUCGAUGUUGUGGUCGUGGCUGUGCUGAAGGCCAUCGUGCGGCGCAGGAGACCGGCUGCCAACAAGGAUAUGAUGGCCAUCGGACCGGAUAAGUUCAGCUUUCCCUCCGGCCACGCCUCCAGGGCGUUCUUCGUGCUCCUGUUCUUCGCCAAGCUGUAUCCCCUGCACAUCGUAUUCCUGCUCCCGGUCACCGCCUGGGCCGUCAGCGUCGCCAUCUCGCGACUCAUUCUGCAACGUCAUUAUAUCUUGGAUAUUUGCGCUGGAGCCGUCAUUGGGGUUCUUGAGGCACUGAUCAUUGGUUUCCUGUGGGUCAGCGAGGAAACGGCAUUUAGCAUAAUCGGCUUUGUUUCGGAGGAAACUGUGGACGUCACGGAGUAACCAGGGCCUCGUAAUCCCGAUAGCCAUAGAUUAUCUCUUAAUCAUUACUUGUGCUUCUGCCAAAUACAUUGUUUAUGUUAAAUGCAUAGGAUGGUUUGUUAAUUUGAUUUUAAAGGACAAUGUCUUAAGGACCUCUUGUAAAAUUGUAUAAAAAUUGCUCUAAGCAAAUACAGAGUGUUUUUGAGGACUUAUAAGCGACCCCUAAAUUGUCCCUUAAAAAGUCUUUAAAGAAACAGCAUAAUAAAAAAUCGAAUGAUCUAACGUA